AUGGCUCAGGCGCCCUUCAGCUUCACGCAGCAGCCAUACCAGCCUGAAGCAAUGGCACUAUGCCCAAAGGGCGCCGGGAAGUGGAGCCUGCAGUUUGUCAGAGCCAAGUUUCCGAGCACGUCCUCGGUUGCCUUUUGCUUUCUUGAGCCGGCGGAGCUGGCGGAGGCGUCUGCAGCCUCUGAGCGGCCCCGCUUUUCAGACGCUGAGCGUUGCAUGCGGAACACACAGGCUGCUCAGUGCCCGCAAGGCCAGAUGCUGCAAGCGGGCUGCAAGGAUGCAAACCCGCAUUGCGCUUGCGAGCAAGAUGAUGAUGGAUGCCUAGUGCCUGAUGCUGCCUGGGAACGAGCUGGAGCUCGCGAUCUCUUCUGUCUGGUGUCAUCCCUUCUGUCUGGUGCCGAGCACCUUUGA